AGGCCGAAAUCGAAUUAAAAAAAAAGUCUCCGAUGCUGGGAGCAGGAUGAUAAAAUAUAAAAUAAGAAAGCCGCAGGGCACUUCCGUGGUUCCUCUCCUCUCCUCUCCUCUCCUCCACCAAACCUUAUCUCGCUGCGCCACCGACGACUUCGAGCGCCCGAGCUCCGUGAUCCAAGCACCAGCAGCGCGGGCGCACAAGCUCCCCUCGAUGGCCGGCGACGAGGCCCCGACGACGGAGGCGGCGUGCCAGGACCUGGUGGAGAUCCUGGACGAGGGAUCGGGCCGGCUGGACAUGGGCCGGUACGUGGACCACGUCCGCGACCUGUCGGCGGGCGCCAUCGCCACCUUCGAGGGCACCACGCGGGACCACUUCGACGGGAGGCGCGUGGUGGAGCUGCGGUACGAGGCGUACGGGUCCAUGGCGCGGCGCCGGCUCGAGGCCAUCCUCCGCGAGGCCCGCGCGGCCCACGCGCUGUGCCGGCUGGCCGUGGCGCACCGCCUCGGGACGGUCCCCGCCGGCGAGGCCAGCGUGUUCGUGGCGGCCUCGGCGGUGCACCGCGCGGACGCCAUGGACGCGUGCCGCUACGUGAUCGACGAGAUCAAGGCCUCCGUGCCCAUCUGGAAGAAGGAGGUGUACGACGACGGCGAGGUGUGGAAGGAGAACCGCGAGUUUCUCGACCGCACCGACGCCGACAAGAAGGGCAGGCCGGCCGGCCACGGCGGCUCCGGCGGCGGCUGCUGCGGCAGCAAGGUGAGGGUCAGCUCAUGAGUAGCAGCCGCCGGAUCGCGAUCGCGCGAACAUGGAGUUCUUUUCUAUUCCCUUCUCCCUUGUAAUUUUGAAAAAUUUGCGAGCAAGAGAAACGUGCAGUUCGAAUACAUACGCACAUUGUGUUA